GCACCACCUCGUCCAGCACCAGCACCAGCAGCACCACCACCACCACAAGGAAGAGAAGCACCACCACCACAAGCCAUAAUAAAAGGCAUAAUAGUCUCUUGUAUACUGUUUGUUCUGGCUUGAUGGUGCUGAUUUGAGUUAAAAAAGAUAAUGACUAUGUUGAUGAUGACACAUUUUCUGCCUUGGGAACCGAUUAUAAUAUAGGAUCCGAAUAGUUGCUUUUAUCUUUAUAAUUUAUGUUUCACAUGGAGAGAUAUUCAAGUCUCAUCUUUGAUACAUGUCACUACUUUGUUGUAAUUCAGUCAAGUUUAUUCAUACUUGAACAAGGCGGUGUCCUAAAAAUAUUACAUCUAUUAGUUAUACAAUGUUUAUUGUCGCUUGACUAACUUGCAGUCUUGGGUGGUUAACUUGUGCAUUGAUCCAGCUUGAGUUAAGUACUUGGUUACUCAGCGUUUGCUCUGACAUAUAUUCUUCAGUAAAUGCGGCAGGCUGAAUUGUUUACAAAUUACCGGUUCAAUUGUUGCUGUAAGCGAUGUACUGCAACUCCUGCAACUUAUAUUGAUCGGGCUUUGCAGGAAAUUUUUGUUUCUGGUGUUGAUGGUCUCAACUUAACUUCCAAUGAAGACUCGUACAGAUCCAAAGCAACUGCAAAAUUCAUGGAUUCAAUUGAUGGUGCUAUUGAUGAGUAUUUGACCUCUAACAAUCCCGAGUCAUGCUGUGAGAAGCUUGAGGAUUUGCUUACACAUGGGCACCUUGAGGAGCCACUGAAACCCAAGCCAGAAAAGUCACCUCAAUGCAUAAGGUUACACUUGUUUCAUCAUCAAUCUCUACAUGCAUACACCACGCUUGCUUCAGCAUACAGAGUUCGUGCUAGUGACCUCUUGGCUCUUAAUCCUGAAAAUCAUCAGCAUCAAAUGGAAGCUUUCACUCUGAGCAGAAUAAGUGCAGCCUACUCCUUGUUGUUGGCUAUAGUUACUUAUCAUCUUUUUCUUUCUGAAUCUUCAAUAAUUGCCUGUGUUGCGAAUUUCUGGAAAAAUGCUGGGGAGUCCCUAGUUUAUCUCUUUAGAAGCUCAGCCUGGGGUACAUUUUCCAAUUUACAGCAAUCUGUUUCUGAAAAUUCAUCCAUUCUAAGCCAUAAGUGCUAUCAGAUUGUCCAACUGGAUGGCAGUGGAGCCAAUUCUUUUAUUAAUACUGAAGAUCAAUGUAGAAUGUUUGGGGACAUAGGUAGGCAGCACAUGAAUUGUAUUGUCAACUUAACAGAAAAAAUAUGGAGCUUCCUUAGUCGUGAAAGUCGACAUCUGCAAGAAGUUAAAGAGCUCAUUGAUUUUAGAUGGCUUCUCACAGUGGAAACUCCCCUUGAUCUCGGAACUCGUCUUACUUGCCGGGAUAGCAGAACUGUUUCCAGACUUCAAGAAAAGGAGCAUACCAACCUAGAGAGAGCAUAUCUCUUUCAGCUUGGUCUCCACUGCCUGCAUUAUGCAACAUAUUUGUCAAACAUCUGUUAUGGCCUAAAUUCCCUGUUGACAGGUGAAGUUUGUCAAUCUUCUAUACUCUGAAGGUAUAUAUAGUGGCUGGUUAAUUCAACCAAUUUGCCUGAAAAAA